GGUUCCUAGUAGGAUUUGUUAACCACUGCGCCAUGAUGGGAACUCCACCUUCCCCUUUCUUUACCAUUGUUAGAGACUGAAUUUUGGGUGCAGCAGUUAUCCUAAAAUAUUUGACCUCCGUGAUUACAAAAUUAUUAUUUCUGUUUUCCAGUGAAGAAUAGUAGCAAAAGUAGCAAUAUUUGCUUUGUGCUUGAUACAAGGAAAAGAUUAUAGGGUUUCCUGUAAAAAUGGAAAAAAUUUUCCCCAAGUUUGUUCAACUCGUUGCCAGAGCUAACUGGCUAAAGUACAGAGGGGGAAUAAAUUUCUCUAACGUCAGCUGGGUUCUGCAUGCGUUUCUGCUCUUCAGGUGUUCGGGCACUAUAAUAGGUUCUCGGUGUUUAAGAGAAGAAGAAGUAUCAAGUAAAUAAUUAAAAAUUCAUUGUGAUUUACAGAGUAAUGGAAGUAUGCUUAAGGUGAAGAAAUUCUGAGGAGCAGAGUUAUCCUUUCUAGAGAAAUAUGAAACGCAAUGGGAGCAGAAAUUGUUUGAAUAGGAGAAGUCGGUUUGGGUCUCGAGAGAGAGACUGGCUGAGAGAAGACGUGAAGAGAGGCUGUGUUUACCUAUAUGGAGCAGAUACAACCACUGCCACGCCAACCAGCACCUCUGCCUCUGCCUCCUCGUCUGACUUACAUCUUGUCCUUUGCACAGUAGAGACACCAGCAUCAGAAAUUUGUGCUGGAGAAGGAAAGGAAAGUCUUUAUUUACAGCUCCAUGGAGACCUGGUCAGGAGGCUGGAACCCACUGAACGACCUCUUCAGAUUGUUUAUGAUUACUUAUCCAGGCUGGGGUUUGAUGACCCCUUGCGCAUACAGGAGGAGGCGGCAAAUCCUGACCUCGGCUGUAUGCUUCGAUUCUACGGUGAAAAACCAUGCCAGAUGGAUCAUCUGGAUCGAAUCCUCCUGUCUGGCAUCUAUAACGUACGCAAGGGAAAGACCCAGCUGCAUAAGUGGGCUGAGCGCCUGGUCGUUCUCUGUGGCACCUGCCUCAUCGUUUCCUCCGUGAAGGACUGUCAGACUGGAAAGAUGCACAUUUUGCCUCUGGUUGGGGGCAAGGUAGAAGAAGUGAAGCGACGUCAGUUCUCCCUUGCAUUCAGCUCAGCUGGAGCCCAAGCUCAGACCUAUCACGUCAGCUUUGAGACGCUGGCUGAGUACCAGAGAUGGCAGCGGCAGGCAUCCAAGGUGGUGUCCCAGCGCAUCAGUACAGUCGACCUCUCGUGUCACAGCCUUGAGGAGGUUCCCGAGCAUCUCUUCUACAGUCAAGAUAUCACCUACCUCAACUUGCGACACAACUUCAUGCAAUUAGAAAGACCAGGAGGCCUUGACACUUUCUACAAAUUUUCUCAGUUGAAGGGCCUGAACUUGUCCCAUAAUAAGCUUGGGUUAUUUCCCGUGUUGUUAUGUGAGAUUUCCACCCUGACCGAGCUCAACCUUUCCUGUAACGGAUUCCACGACCUGCCGAGUCAGAUUGGCAAUCUGCUAAAUCUUCAAACCCUCUGUCUUGAUGGCAACUUUCUGACUACUUUACCUGAAGAACUGGGAAAUCUGCAACAGCUUUCUUCCCUGGGAAUUUCCUUCAACAACUUUAGUCAAAUUCCUGAGGUGUAUGAGAAACUUACCAUGUUAGAUAAAGUGGUGAUGGCAGGAAAUCGACUGGAAGUCCUAGACCUGGGGCUGCUGAACCGGAUGAGCCACAUCAAACAUGUGGAUUUCAGGAUGAACCACCUGAAAACCAUGGUUAUUGAGAACCUGGAGGGAAAUAAGUACAUCACCCACAUGGAUUUGCGGGACAAUCAGCUGACCGACUUAGAUCUCAGCUCCUUGUGCAACUUGGAGCAGCUGCAUUGUGAGCGGAACCAGCUGAGGGAGCUGACGCUCAGUGGCUUCUCCCUUCGAACGCUCUACGCCAGUUCCAACAGGCUGACAGCAGUGAAUGUCUAUCCAGUGCCCAGUCUGCUCACUUCUCUAGAACUCUCCCGAAACCUGCUAGAGUGUGUCCCUGACUGGGCCUGUGAAGCGAAGAAGUUAGAAAUAUUAGAUGUGAGCCAUAACCUUCUGACCGAGGUUCCUAUGAGGAUCCUUAGUAGCUUGAGUCUUAGGAAACUAAUGUUGGGCCACAAUCACGUGCAGAACCUCCCAGCACUGGUGGAGCACAUCCCUCUCGAGGUGUUGGAUAUUCAGCAUAACUUGUUCACCAGGCUGCCGGAGACCCUCUUCUCGAAGGCCUUAAACCUCAGAUACUUGAACGCAUCUGCAAAUAGUCUGGAGUCCUUGCCACCGGCCUGCGCCGGGGAGGAGAGUCUGAGCGCACUGCAGCUGCUCUACCUGACCAACAACCUCCUGACAGACCAGUGUGUGCCCGUCCUGGUGGGGCACCCCCACCUGCGAAUCUUGCAUCUUGCAAACAACCAGCUACAGACCUUUCCCGCAAGCAAACUAAAUAAAUUGGAGCAGUUGGAGGAACUGAACUUAAGUGGCAACAAGCUUAAAACCAUCCCCACGACCAUCGCCAACUGCAGAAGGCUGCACACGCUGGUGGCGCAUUCCAACAACAUCAGCAUCUUCCCGGAGAUUCUGCAGUUGCCUCAGAUCCAGUUUGUAGACCUAAGUUGCAACGACUUGACUGAAAUCCUGAUUCCAGAGGCCCUGCCGGCUACGUUACAAGACCUGGACCUGACUGGAAAUACAAACCUGGUUCUGGAACACAAGACGCUGGACACAUUUAGCCACAUCACAACCUUGAAAAUUGAUCAGAAACCUUUGCCCACCACUGAUUCCACAGUUACAUCCACCUUCUGGAGCCACGGACUGGCUGAGAUGGCGGGGCAGAGAAAUAAGCUGUGUGUGUCUGCUCUGGCUGUGGACACCUUUGCAGAGGGGGUGGGAGCUGUGUAUGGCAUGUUUGACGGGGAUCGAAACGAGGAGCUCCCGCGCCUCCUCCAGUGCACCAUGGCGGAUGUGCUUCUGGAAGAGGUGCAGCAGUCAACAAACGACACCGUUUUCAUGGCGCACACCUUCUUGGUUUCUCACAGGAAGUUAGGCAUGGCUGGCCAGAAGCUGGGCUCUUCUGCUCUCCUCUGUUACAUCCGCCCUGACACUGCCGAUCCAACAAGUAGCUUUAGCUUGACUGUGGCCAACGUUGGCACGUGCCAAGCAGUGCUGUGUCGAAGUGGGAAACCAGUGCCCCUCUCUAAAGUCUUCAGCCUGGAACAGGAUCCGGAGGAGGCUCAGAGGGUAAAGGACCAAAAAGCCAUCAUAACAGAGGACAACAAAGUGAACGGGGUCACCUGCUGUACCCGGAUGCUGGGCUGCACGUACCUCUACCCCUGGAUCCUCCCCAAGCCUCACAUAGCUUCCACUCCGCUUACCAUCCAAGACGAGUUGCUGAUUCUGGGAAACAGAGCCCUGUGGGAACACUUGUCCUAUGCAGAAGCUGUCAACGCAGUACGCCACGUCCAGGACCCAUUAGCCGCUGCCAAGAAGCUGUGCACCUUAGCCCAGAGCUAUGGCUGUCAGGACAACGUGGGGGCGAUGGUGGUCUAUUUGAACAUUGCUGAGGAAGGCUGCACUUGCGAAAUGAAUGGACUCACCCUCCCGGGGCCUGUGGGAUUCCCUUCCACCGCCCUCAUCAAGGACCCGCCCAAGCCAACCACGCCUUCCUCCAGUAGCGGAAUCGCUUCCGAGUUCAGCAGCGAGAUGUCCACCUCGGAGGUGAGCAGCGAGGUGGGGUCCACUGCUUCCGACGAGCAUAACACCGCUGGCCUGGAGGCCGGCUUGCUCCCCAGGCCAGAGAGGCGCUGCAGCCUGCACCCCGCGCCCGCCACAGGGGUUUUUCAGCGCCAGCCCUCUUGUGCCACCUUCUCGAGUAACCAGUCCGACAACGGCCUGGACAGUGACGACGACCAGCCCGUUGAAGGGGUCAUCAGCAAUGGCAGCAGAGUGGAAGUAGAAGUCGACGUCCACUGCUGCAGGGGGAGGGAUCUCGAGAGCUCGCCCACCCUUCCCCAGCGGGCGCCCACCCCCUGUCACGAGGAGCGUGCCAGGGGAUUGGUUUUGGGGAUCCGAAGACAGAACAGUGUGAAUAGCGGCAUCCUGCUGCCGGGGAGCAAGGACAAGGCAGAGUUACAGAAGUCCCCCUCCACGUCCUGUCUCUACGGAAAAAAACUCUCAAACGGCUCUGUCGUGCCCCUGGAAGACAGCCUGAACCUCAUCGAAGUGGCCACAGAAGCCCCCAAGAAGAAGACCGGCUAUUUUGCCGCCCCCACGCAGCUGGAGCCGGAGGACCAGUUUGUGGUCCCUCGCGACCUGGAAGAAGAAGUGAAAGAGCAAAUGAAACACCACCAGGAGAGCAGGCCCAAGCCCGAGCCUAGCGAUGAGGAUCGGACCGAGCUCCCGGAGGAGUUUGACACGGCGCUGUAGGCCUCCGCGGGCGCCGAGGCGCGGGCCGGGCGGAGGCCUGGGCCGGGAGACCCCGCCAGCGGCCUUGGACCUCCGCAUUUCCGGACCACAGAUGGCUUGGGGGGGUAGAUCUUGGAGCCAAAAAUGGUGAGCGCUGCCAGGGUCUCGCUCUGGAUAAGCUAGUAAACACCGUCAGUGUUAAGCUUCGCAUCGAACCUGCAUCGGAAUUCCCAGAGUCCCGGGGCGGCGAGCGGACGUCGCUCUGCCGCCCUCCGACCACCUGCCACUAACCCUUUCUCUCCUAGGAUCAUUUCGAGAACUUGCCUGCCUGGGCAGGAAAGGGACUCUUUCUGUGGAGGAAAGAACUGCAGGUAGAUUCCCUUUACUGAUUGCUGCUGCGGGAUCUCUGUGACAGAGGAGCCACCUUCUGUCUCAGCCUGACUGACGGGAUGUGAUGUGACCAGUCACAUGGCUUUUCCUUCUUCUCUACGAGAAUACAGCCUAUCGAAAUGGUGUUUAUUGGAAAUGUAGAACCAAUCAAACAGAUAAUAUAUGUACGUAAUGUAAUGAGAGCACUUUUCAUUGACUGUGAACUUUUUAUUUUCAAAUCUGCACUCGAGCCAAACUUCUUAGAGGCAGCCCAGCCCCUUUGUCUGCAGGCAGAAGGAUCGUCGGAUGUCGGAGCUGAGGAAGAAGGAAGUAGGAAGGGCCCUGGGAAACUGACUUCCCUGGGGGACGUCAGACGGAGAGAGUUCCUGAGACACCGAGGGGAGGAGGACCUUCUUUUGGGGGAUGAAGACCGGGAAGGAGUGAGGACUGAGGCGACCUCCCCGCAAAUCACAGAGAGAGUCACUGACACCUGCUAGGAAGCUCCCAGGGGGUCACAGGAGAGGCGUUUGGGACUUGGCCUCUUUCCAUGGCGUGGGAUGGAGCCGGCAGUCUGCCUCCUGGUACGUAGGGCCGAGGCCGAUGCUGCUCGCAUCCAGGAAACCUUGAUCUAUGGCAGAUGACGCUGAACAGAUGAGGCUGAAUGAGAAUAGAUGGACGGAUGGAGCUUACAGGUUAGACAAGUUCCUUCUCUAGAGCAGAGGGAUGGUUUUCUCAAAGGUCGGAAGGGAGUUGCAGGUUCACCUCUUAGUGUUUGACAGUCGUCUUCCGAAAACUGCUUAUCCACCCCACGUGGUUUCUUCAGCGUACUGGGCUCAAUUUCUGAAACACUUAACUGAGAAAUUCCUAAGCUUACAGAAAACCUGGUUUACUGUGUUUUUUGCACAUUCCAUGUAACCCUAGCAAAAUGCAGUUCUUUCUGUAUUUUUGUUCUCUUGCCUUUUCCGUUAGAAGAUUUACUUCCUUUUUAUUCCUACAAAGUUUUGAUAUUGCUUAAUUUGACCCAGUGGGGAAUGUACUUUUUGAAUUUUUAGAAUACUUUGACAAUUAAAUAGAAAACAGAGUGGAACCGUUUUUAAUUUGCUUCAUGAGAUACAAAAUGUGUUUUUUGUUUAUUUUUGUUCUCUCUUUUUUUUUUUUUUUUAAGGCCGCAACCCCCCUGCAUAAUGGAUUUUCCCAGGUCAGGGAUUGAAUCUGAGCUGCAGCUCUGGCAAUGCUGGAUCCUUUAACCCACUGCUCUGGACUGGGGAUUGAACCGGUGCCUCUGCAGUGAACUGCUGCAGCCAGGUUCUUAACUUCCUGUGCUACAGCGGGAACUCCUAACUAAAUGUGGUGGGUAUUUUUGGCCAUGGCAUUGCAGUGCAGCCUGAUGUGAGGUCUCAGCUCCCAGACCAGGGACCGAACCCAGGCCACAAUGGUGAAAGUGCUGAGUCCCAACCACUAGAUCACCAGAGAACUCCCAAGAAAGUGUUAGAGUUGAUCUAUACAAUAUAUGUUGGGUUUGUUUGUUUGUUUUUUAAGUGUUUGUUAAAGCAGUAAUAGAAAACCAGAUAGCCUGUCCACGAAUGGUUAUGUAUCUUCACCUUCUCAGAGGCCCUGUACCCACCUGCUCGUGUCAGUGGGGUACCCUCUUGGGGGAUUCCAUACCAAUGACUGUCUAAUGCUCAACCCCUCAAGAAUCUGAAUUUGAGUCCCCAGAUUGUCAGAAACACUUAACUUUUCUGUGUCAAACUACUGGUUAGCUACUGAAGAAUUUUAGAACUCAGGUCUUAAUUCGAAGUGGGGAACAUAGUGAUUCAUGCGACGUUCAGGUGCUGUUAGAAAGAUGGGAACAAUAGUCUGUUGCCGCCUUAUUUUUAUAUGGGAAGGGGGGGGGAUGAAGGAAAAAUGAAAAUGAAGGAAAAAACCAAGAUGAUAGUGCUGGAAAUUAUUUUGGGACUAUACCACUUGAAUAGUACAGUGUCUUAAAAAUUGUCCUUCACCUGUGAACCCUUUUCUUCUCUUUGUUUCCCACCAUACUUUUUGGAACCACCACGAAAUCCAGAUAUGAAAUGACUUUACUGAAAGUUUAGAAGAACUCUGAAAUACUUACUGUUCUACUAUGUGGUGGAUUUAUGUCUAGGAAACAUUAGGUUUUAUUGAAAACCUUUAAUAUAGGCUAUAUCAAAACAAUUCUUUUUAAUAACUUCCUUUAACUCAUUUCCCUCAAUAAUUGCUCUGUGUUAAAACAGAGGAUUAAAAAGGCCAUAGCCCAUCACCAAAAAUACACGGAACGCUUGACAUGUGAAGUCAUUUACAGUUGUGUGUGAUCCAAUUAGGUCGUCAGGUGGUGGAAGCCAGGAAUCUGUCUCCAGGUGAAUGUAGUCUACUUCCCAAGAUUUUACCCAGAGGCAGUGUUGGUCCCUAGGCGGGCAGAGGCCUGCUGAUCUCGCCCCCAGAGAUCCCAACCUCUGCACGAUUCUCAGGUCCCUGUGUGUACCUCCCAUGUAUUAGAGAGAUUUGAGAGAAUUUCUGACAGAACAUCACUCCUGCUUAUGGGAGCAGUCCAGGAGUCCCAUGGAAGAAAGAACAAUACAGGAGUCUUGGCAGCCAUGGUAUUUUUAGUUUCAUCCAGGUGGAUUGGAAAUACAUUUGAAACUUUGAAGGCUAGUAUGUCAUAAAGCUACCGUAGAGUCACUGAAUUACCACUCUUCGUACAAGCGAGGGCUUUCCUAUACUACUGUAGAGUGUACGUGUGCAAUCGGUUGAUGAAUUCAUUUCCCUGGUGUAUAGAAGAGCCAACACGAGCAGCUUGGCAAUCAUUGGGUGCUAUUUUAAUUGUUUGUAGCGAGUGCUAUUUCCUAGAUGGAGCCAGUUAGGUUCGGCUGAUCUACUGAAUAUCAAAUGAUGCCCUUCUUCCCACGUAGACUUUCAGCAAAAGCAGGUACUUGGAAGCCACAGGCUCCCCUUCUGUAUCUACUCAAUAAUUACUAAUGAAGAGACCUCCAUAAGGGAGCACUUGGCUGUUAUCGAUAAUACAUGUACCAAUUGUUAAAUAAUUAGUCGCCAAGCCAUUCAGUGAUGUCUGCAGCAUCACUCUAGAACUGUCUUGUUCUUGUCACUUUUUACUUCCCUCUGGGUGGGGCCAUUCACCCAGUCCUGGAGGCAAGUUAAUCUUUUUCUCCAGUUAGUGACUUUGCCCCAUGGGCGGGUAAGCACUUCCUAGAUUGAGAAAAGCAGCUACAGUAAAUCCUGCUCUGUUUCCCUUAUUUGGUGAUCAUCCAAUCACACAUAAGCUCCUUGUAUUCUCAAUUUCAUGCACUUCUCCCAGAUGCUCUAGAAUUUUCUCUCACUGUUGCCAGUGGAGGUCACCCAGACAGUGAGUUCAUAUCUUAUGGUUUUGUGCAAUCAUCGUAUUGUAGUCCUAAGACUCAUUAUAGUGUAUUUUUGAUAUUUUUGAAAUGUGUUAAAUUUUUUAAUUCAAUAAUAUGAGCCAGAGCAUGUUGCAGCAAAUCUAUUGUUUGUAAAAAAUAACAAUAAUAAAUAAAAUAAAAUGGAGUAUCUUUUUCAUGGCUUUGUUUUAAAAUGGAGAAUACCUGUUAUUUUGUAAGUACUUUAUUUUAGCAUGGAACUGUAAUUUUCUCUAACUUGUAUGUAUGUAGAAUUAGUUUCUUAAUCAAAAGCAACUUUAGGAUUUUACUGCUUUUUCUUGCUUUAGGGGAAGACUGCAAAUAAAAACCACAUUCCAUGACACUAUGAAGCUCUCAGUUAAGGCAAGAGUAAAUAUUUUUGAUCACCUUCUAAGCUGAAAUAGCAAUAAAGAUUUUUUUACAUUAA